GGCGGAGCAGCCCCGGGGCCAGCAGCAGCUUCCCUCGCCCCCUCACUACCAUGUACAGUGUGCGCUGCAAGAAGAAGGCGGGCGAUGCACGCACACCCUCGAGCCCCGCUCCCUCCGGCUCGUCCCGGGGCGUGCGCCACUGACCAGGGGGGGAAUGUGGUGAAGACGGCGAGCCGGAGAGACUAGGGGGGAGGGGAGGGCCGGCCCGCGCAAUCCCAGGCCGGAGGGUGCCGGGAGCCUGAGGCGGCUGGAGGGGGCGGCUGCCAUCGCUGGGUCGGAGAAAGUUGCCCUCGGUGCAGAUGGGAACAGAGGUAAAAUGCACCUUUGCUGCCCCCCAGUAACUUUGGAACAGGACCUUCACAGAAAAAUGCAUAGCUGGAUGCUGCACACUCUAGCGUUUGCUGUAACAUCUCUCGUGCUUUCCUGUGCAGAAACCAUCGAUUAUUAUGGGGAAAUCUGUGACAAUGCAUGUCCUUGUGAGGAAAAGGAUGGCAUUUUAACUGUGAGCUGUGAAAACCGGGGAAUCAUCAGUCUCUCUGAAAUUAGCCCUCCUCGGUUCCCUAUCUAUCACCUCUUGUUGUCUGGGAACCUUCUGAACCGUCUCUAUCCCAAUGAGUUUGUCAAUUACACUGGGGCUUCAAUUUUACAUUUGGGAAGCAAUGUUAUCCAAGACAUCGAGACUGGGGCUUUCCAUGGGCUGCGGGGUUUGAGGCGACUUCAUCUAAACAAUAACAAACUAGAGCUUCUUCGGGAUGACACCUUCCUUGGCUUGGAGAACUUAGAAUACCUGCAGGUCGAUUACAAUUACAUCAGUGUCAUUGAACCCAAUGCUUUUGGGAAACUGCAUAUGUUGCAGGUGCUCAUCCUCAAUGACAAUCUCUUGUCAGGUUUACCCAACAAUCUUUUCCGUUUUGUGCCCUUAACGCAUUUGGACUUGCGGGGGAACAGACUGAAGCUUCUGCCCUAUGCCGGGUUGUUGCAACACAUGGAUAAGGUUGUGGAAUUACAGCUGGAGGAAAAUCCCUGGAAUUGCUCCUGUGAACUGAUUUCUCUCAAGGACUGGCUAGACAGCAUCUCCUACUCAGCCCUCGUGGGUGAUGUGGUCUGCGAGACCCCCUUCCGUUUACACGGCAGGGACUUGGAUGAGGUAUCCAAGCAGGAACUUUGUCCAAGGAAACUUAUUUCUGACUAUGAGAUGAGGCCACAGACUCCUUUAAGCACCACGGGGUAUUUACAUACCACCCCAGCAUCUGUGAAUUCUGUGGCCACUUCUUCCUCUGCUGUUUACAAACCCCCCUUGAAGCCUCCUAAGGGGACCCGCCAGCCCAACAAACCCAGAGUGCGCCCUACAUCGAGGCAGCCCUCUAAAGACUUGGGCUACAGUAACUAUGGCCCCAGCAUAGCCUACCAGACCAAAUCCCCGGUGCCUUUGGAGUGUCCUGCCGCAUGCACUUGCAACCUCCAGAUCUCUGAUCUGGGCCUCAAUGUCAACUGCCAAGAGCGGAAGAUCGAGAGCAUAGCAGAGCUGCAGCCCAAGCCCUACAAUCCCAAGAAAAUGUACCUAACGGAGAACUACAUCACUGUUGUGCGCAGAACAGAUUUCCUGGAAGCCACCGGACUGGACCUCCUUCACCUGGGUAACAACCGUAUCUCCAUGAUCCAGGACAGGGCCUUUGGGGAUCUCAGCAACCUGAGACGUCUCUAUCUGAAUGGCAACAGGAUUGAGAGGCUGAGCCCAGAGUUGUUCUAUGGCCUGCAGAGCCUGCAGUAUCUCUUCCUCCAGUACAAUCUCAUCCGCGAGAUCCAGUCUGGGACUUUCGAUCCAGUCCCAAACCUCCAGCUGCUAUUCUUGAACAACAACCAACUGCAGGCCAUGCCUUCGGGUGUCUUCUCUGGCCUGACUCUUCUCAGGCUAAACCUGAGGAGCAACAGCUUCACCUCCUUGCCAGUGAGUGGAGUUUUGGAUCAGCUGACUUCUCUCAUCCAAAUCGAUCUUCAUGACAAUCCGUGGGAUUGUACCUGCGAUGUGGUGGGCAUGAAGCUGUGGAUUGAGCAACUCAAAGUGGGGGUGUUAGUGGAUGAAGUGAUCUGUAAGGCGCCCAAGAAAUUCGCCGAGACCUACAUGCGCUCCAUCAAGUCGGAACUGCUGUGUCCAGACUAUUCUGACGUAGUGGUUUCCACGCCCACACCCUCUUCCAUCCAGGUACCAUCCAGAACCAAUGCAGCCACGCCGGCUGUGAGGUUGAACGGCACUGGGGCCCCCGCGGGCUUGGGUGCUGGCUCCGGGGCUUCCUCGGUGCCUUUAUCCGUGUUGAUCCUCAGCCUGCUGCUGGUUUUCAUCAUGUCUGUCUUCGUGGCAGCAGGCCUCUUCGUGCUCGUCAUGAAACGCAGGAAGAAGAACCAGAGCGACCACACCAGCACCAACAACUCCGACGUGAGCUCUUUUAACAUGCAGUACAGCGUGUAUGGGGGUGGAGGCGGCGGCGGGGGCGGCCACCCACACGCCCACGUGCACCACCGCGGACCGGCGUUGCCCAAGGUGAAGACUCCCGCGGGCCACGUGUAUGAAUACAUCCCUCACCCACUGGGCCACAUGUGCAAAAACCCCAUCUACCGGUCUCGAGAAGGCAACUCCGUGGAGGAUUACAAAGACCUGCACGAGCUCAAGGUCACCUACAGCAGCAACCAUCACCUGCAGCAGCAGCAGCAGCCACCGCUGCCGCAGCAGCCCCAGCAGCAGCCCCCUCCGCAGCUGCAGCUGCAGCCGGGGGAGGAGGAGAGGAGGGAAAGCCACCACUUGCGGAGCCCCGCCUACAGCGUCAGCACCAUCGAGCCCCGAGAGGACCUACUGUCGCCGGUGCAGGACGCCGAUCGCUUUUACAGGGGCAUUUUAGAGCCAGACAAACACUGCUCCACAAGCCCUGCCGGCAGCAGCCUCCCGGAAUACCCCAAGUUCCCAUGCAGCUCGGCUGCUUACACUUUUUCCCCAAACUAUGACCUGCGACGCCCCCACCAGUAUUUGCACCCGGGGGCAGGGGACAGCAGGCUGCGGGAACCGGUGCUCUACAGCCCUCCCGGUGCUGUCUUUGUAGAACCGAACCGGAAUGAGUAUCUGGAGUUAAAAGCAAAAUUAAAUGUUGAGCCGGACUACCUCGAAGUGCUGGAAAAACAGACCACAUUCAGUCAGUUCUAAAAAAA